AUGGAGGAGACCACGCCUCCUCUUCCCGCAGCGUGGGCGCUGGAUCGGGACCUGUGGCAAACGGCCGGAGUCCACUGGUCCUCCACGUCCGAGGAGGAGGUCGCAGAGGACCCCGUGGAGAAGACUGGGAGCAUCACCAGCGUUUCCUUGAGCUUAACGUUGACGCCGGAGCUUUUGAGGGGGACGCCCUUGCCAGUGGCUCUGAGUGGCUUUUGCCAACAUUGGGUUGGAUUGAGUGCUGGAUCAGAAGGAGGGGAUUUGUACAGGCUGAGUAAAGCCGUGAAGACCAUCGAUGUGUUUUUAAGCCACGACUGGGAAACCUCACGGUGGAUGAAGUUGUUGGCUCUGCUGCUCUAUUUCAACUCGGAAGCUGCAGCCAUUGCGUCCCUCCUCUUCAGCCUUGUGCUAGGUGUUGUGAAGACACAGCUGGGAGAGAGAUUGAGCAAUCUUUGGAUGUUCUCUUGCUACCUGGUCUUUCUCAUCUUCCUUUUCUUCUGGCAGAGGAUCAGAACCUGCUUUGUUUCGCCUUGGAUCGUUUUCUUGGAUAAGCUGUGCAUCCAUCAAGAAAAUGAAGAGCUGAAGCAGCAGGGAAUUCUCGGCCUGGGAGCUUUUGUACGUGCCUCUGACAAGCUUCUGGUCUUGUGGUCAAGGAGAACCUUCAGUCGCCUGUGGUGUGCGUAUGAAGUUGGUUGCUUCCUCAGUCGCACUCGGCCGCAGGAGAAACUCGAGAUUCUUCCGGUCACCAUCGCAGCCAUCAUUUAUUUGAAUGCAAUCCUGUGGCACCUGUUGGUGAUUUGCUUCCGCUGGACCCUCAGCUCCGUGAAUGCAGGAGCCGCAACCUCUGGAACACCUGAAGCAGUGAUUUAUGUCUGCUUGGUCGUCGUCCCUUUUGCAUCCAUCCUGCUACCCUUGCUCAAUUACUUGGGCAUGACGCUCAUGGAUGAUUUUGAUCAGCUGCCUCAACAGUUACAAGGUUUUCAGAUCCAAGAGUGUCGAUGCUUCUGUUGCAGCCACCAUCACACGCAUCCUCUAACGGGGCACGAGAUGAUCUGCGACCGCCAGCUGGUCUACGCGUCGCUGACCGAUCUGUAUCGCGUGGCCGCGGCGGAUGUGGGCGUCGACCCGCUGGAGAAGUUCAACCGCGAAGUGCGAGAGAGGCUGGGCCCGCGGAUCCUUCGGAAGCUGCAGGUGGAUCUUCCCAUGAGAUAUAUGGUGAGCUUGGUGUUGGUGGGCAGCUUGCCUCUUCUGUCCGAGCUGAUUUGGGACUUGAGCCAGGGCCCCCAGAUGUUGCUGCAGGGGGGCUGA